AUGACCCAGGUAACUAAUACUCGUACACUGUACCUCCCCGGAGACCACUUAAAUGACGAAAUCGAGAAUUUUGAUGUGGGUGACGGAUACAUUGAUUUUGAUCACAACUUGAGGUUUAUGGAAAAUGUUAGAGUCCCUGUUACCGGUCAAACCACUUUAACUCUUACAGGUGUAAACCAGACUCCGCGUAAUGGUAUUGUGUAUCAAGAGUUUGGUAUUGAGGACGAUAUCUUUUAUGUAGACUACACUAUCCCUAUAUACAAACCCGAAGUAGCAGAAAAUCUCCCUGAAUCGUUAACCCUCGCCGAAAAAUGGUACCCGUUCAGUGUAGAUCCAGACAGGAUAUAUGAUCUCACACCCGGAUUCUCGGAAAAGAAUCAGGGUGAAACUAAUGUGAUAGCAUCAAACUGGCCAACCGACCCUGCCACUAAUAAACUAUACUCACUGUAUGAGGAUCCGGACCUCGUCGAAGGCACUCAGUACUACGACUACAAGUUUAAGACUGAGGCGCGUCAGCGGUUCUUUGGUCAAUUUUUCCUUAACUGUCACCAUCAACAAUGGAUGCACCAGAUGGCAUUGAAUGAAAAGCAGCCAGGAGUUCAUAGGGGUGCACCGUUUAUUAAGGUCCGUGUGGCGUUGAGAGGAGGGUUGUAUGAUCCGCUACGUAAGAAGAAGGAUCAUACACGUAUUAUUAACGAAGCUCCGUUUGCGUCGUUAGAUGGACCAUUCAAAGAAAUGAGGUACGAGGAGCCGUGUCGUGCCGCUAAUGCACCUUCCAGCUGGCCAGAACCAUGGAACGAAACAGCUGAUACCCUGGACGGUGUGCAAAUGAACCAGACCGAUGCAGGCGGUGGACAGUUUACUGAGCGACUCACGGACGCUAUUGUUUAUUCGUUAGCUAACCGAGUCCACGAGGGUGUGCUGUGGAACCCAUCCGAAGCAGCCUCAAAAACAGUCAACACCUUUGGAUCCACAAUCAGUGUAUGGUCAGGGAGAGAUUGGUUAGAUAAUACAGUUCCGGAUACUAUGUGGGGUGAUGUAACACGAUCAGAGUUUGAUUUCUUCUAUAUACGAGUGCUGCAGGAAUUGCUGAAGAGUACACGGGUACAUGGAGUUAUAAACCCUGCAUCUCCGUCCGAUAUACCACGUAUCCAAGUCUCUAUCAGACACACUGCAUUCUUUGCUGACCUUAUGACCGAACCGCACCAGUACAGACAAAUGCACAACGCCAUUGGUAUUAACGAUAGAGAUCAGGAUACGUCCGAACAAGGACUGUCCGGUAUUACCGAUUCACUUACUGGACAGUGUGCGCCUGCGGUUAAAGAGGCAAUACUGCCACGAGGUGUAUUCUAUGUUGAAAAUAACGGUGCUGUUCUCAACCCUGAUAAUGAUCUGGCUGCCGCACUCGAAUACAAUUGGGCCAGUACCAGUCUUACACGGGACCUGGGGAGUUAUCCGUUUAGGGUAAAGCAUGUAUCAGACACUGAUACGAUUAGUGUAACGGCCAAAAACGACACCGACCCACCCUCAUUGUUUCUGGGUGAGAAUUCUCUUUCGUUUACCAACCCAUACUUUACACACAGUAUCGACCCUGUACCUGCAACCAUGUUAAGAGAUACAUUCCAGCCAAAAUGGCCUACUCGACUCGAGUAUAGUUCAGCCUAUGACGAUGUCGAUACGAUAGGUAAACUCUAUAUCAAAACUAUGGAACAAGGGUGCUAUGGACUAUACCUAAAUUCGGGUAGCGGUCUUGAAUCAGAAACGUUGGAUGAAACCAACAGUGCAGAUAUCAAACAUCAAUACAACGGAACCGUGUUGGUUACAGGGUUCACGCCUAUCCAUCUCAUGCAUAAUUCACGGGAACAGAUGGUGCAGAAGUACUAUUCCAGUAUGUUUGGACCUGAUGUUGACUGCAACGCAGCUAUAGCACGCAUGAAUGCAUUAGGAAACUCCAACGGGUACAAUAGGUUUGUAAAGACGUACCUCACUGAUACACGGCAGCUCAAGCGGAAGGAUAAUGGCGAGAUUAUUAAGCUACAGCGGGGGUUUAUACGUCCGUCACCUUGGCGCAUUAAUGAGCUGCGUGACCCAUACAUCUACGUGUUCCUAGAAAUCCCGUCGUCACCGUCUAAUAAUGUUAUGGUCGCUAUAGACAGUCAGAAUGCAAAAAGUAGGGCCAGAGAUUCCAUGGCUUUGAUUGGGGUUCUGGACCCUGAUUGGAACCUCACGUACCAGGUGAACUCAUCACUCAUGAAUGGUACGUCUAUAUACAAUAUGCGUGUCACGCUCAAGAACGGUAUGGGGCGAGUGUUACGCGUACGUGGUAAGGUAUCAUUCUUCCUGGACAUGGUUACUAGAACAGACAUUAGUAAUGCGCUUGUUUAG